GGUGGAGCAAUGCUUAAAACGUACCUGAAGUCGACUGCGCCUAUAGUGCUACGUACUAGUAAACUGUCUUUCUGGGGACUGUGGGGGAAGUUUGAGGCUUGAAAAAUGUCUGGUCGUGGAAAGAAGGCUGUCCCAAAAGCUAAAAUGGAAGUCAAAAGCAAAUCCUCCAGAGCAGGAGUUCAGUUCCCUGUUGGCCGACUCCACAGACUACUUAGGAAAGGGAAUUAUGCAGAGAGGAUAGGUUCAGGCGCUGCAGUUUAUUUGGCUGCUGUCCUGGAGUACUUGACUGCAGAAGUUCUGGAGCUUGCAGGCAAUGCAGCAAGGGACAACAAAAAACUGAGGAUUCUUCCCAGGCACAUCCAGCUAGCCGUGCGGAAUGAUGAGGAACUGAACAGACUGCUUGGGGGAGUAACUAUAGCUGAAGGAGGGGUUUUGCCAAAUAUUCAGGCUCAACUGCUUCCUAAAAAGACCAAAAAGUCAUUUCAGGAAGAUGGUGAAAGGGAUGUCCAGUCUCAAGAAUUCUAACGGUUUAUUUAACAUUUUAAUUUUCUUAUAUUGUAAUAAAGUUUUUGCACUUUUCAA